UCUUGACACAUUUGAGUCUGAAAAACUUAACAGAUCUCACAUUCGAGCUCGUUGGGGUCUGUCCUGUCUGACGCGUCAAUCCAGCAGUCAUAUCUUGGACUCUUAUCAGGAUGCAAAUCAGGAGAAUCACAAUGCUGUUUGGCUUCUUUGUAUUGUCUGUUGGGUUUUUUCUGGACAUGGGCGCGUGCACUGCAGUGCAAACAGAGCUGAGAAUCACAACAAUAAAGCAAGAGCCAUAUACGUUGUCCAAAGGCACACAGCUGGAGGGCUUUUGCAUGGACCUGCUGUCUGAAGUAGCCAAGAAACUGGGCUUCAAGUACAAAGUACAGCUGGUGAAAGAUGGCUCAUACGGCAGACAGGAUGAGAGCGGGAACUGGAAUGGGAUGAUUGGAGAGGUGCUGAGAGGCGAGGCAGACCUUGCGAUUGCUCCACUGACGCUCACUGCAGCUCGGGAGAAAGUGGUGGGGAUGACCAAACCUUUCAUGCAGACAGGAGUCAGCAUCCUGCUGAGGAAGGACAUCUCUGAGGAAACAGGCUUCUUUGAUUUCCUGUCCCCCUUUACAGCCGAGACUUGGGUCGGCAUACUCAUUGCAUACUUAGGGACAGCUGUUUGCAUCUUUAUAGUUGCCAGACUCAGCCCAUGUGAAUGGAGUCAGCCUCAGAGUGAACAGAACAGAUUCAGCCUCCUCCACAGCCUGUGGUACACAGCUGGAGCUCUGACUCUACAAGGUGCUGGUCCUCACCCCAAAGCUCUUUCAGGACGUGUAAUCUGCUGCAGUUGGUGGUUAUUUUCUGUUUUCCUCCUGGCUUGUUACUUCUCCAACCUCAACUCCUCUAAGACCACUGACUCCUCUCACCUGACGGUGAAAGGGUUUGAUGACUUGGCCAGUCAGGACAUGAUUGAGUACGGCUGUUUGGCUGGCUCUUCCACCCUUGCCUUCUUCAAGAAUUCAAACAAUCCGGUAUACCGCAGAAUCUAUGAACACAUGGAGAGAACUAAGAGUUUUGUGUCAUCUAUGGAUGAAGGGGUGCGGCGUGCAAAAGAGGGAAACUUUGCCUUUAUUGGAGAGUCUGUGUCUUUGGACUUGGCGGUAGCACGGCAUUGUGAACUGGUCAGAGCACAUGAAGUUGUUGGCAUGAGGGGAUACAGCAUUGCUGCCGCCCUUGGCUCACCCAUCAUAAAGAACCUCAGUGUGGCAAUCCUUCAACUGAGCGAGGCAGGGGAGCUGGCUUACCUGCGAAGCAAGUGGUGGGCCAGCAGCUGCAUAGCAGACAAGGCCAAGUCUUCUGCUGUGCAGACGCACAGCCUCAAGGGGAUCUUUCUGGUUCUUUCCCUUGGCCUGGGGCUGGGAACACUGUUGGCUGUCCUGGAGCUCACCUCCAAGAGCCGCAGAAGUGCAGCUGAGCAGAGGAAAUCCUGCUGCACUGUGCUGACUGAAGAACUGAGUCUGCGCUUGAGGACCAGCAAUGCACCCCAGGAAAAUGUAGACAAAGAUAAAGAAAAAGCAUAGAAACAUCAAGUCUGAAAAUGCAACUUUUAGCUUGUUUUAGCUGUUUCUGAAUUUUAUCAUAAUAUUUAACAGAAAAAUUAACUUAUUUUCUUCUUACUUGUAAAGAUGCAUUAGAUUAAAAAGAAAAAAACAUUAAAGUUUGAAAUAAAAAAACUCACAUUUUAUUAAAAUAAUCAAUUUAUUGUUUUUUAGGUACGAACACUACAGUGUCAAUGAAAAAGCAAACAUUAUAG